AUGUCUCACGAGGCAUCAGAGACAACCGCCGCGGAUGCAGUGGCAAGCACCGCUGCCCCGGUCGAGGCUGGCCCGAGCACAUCCAAGCCCAAGCCGAACCAUGGCAAGCCAGCUGCUCACCACCGUGCCCGCCACUCGCACUCUGCGCGUCUGACUUCGGAACAGCUGCGCAGGCGUCUGCACUUCAUCGAGUCCAACUCGACCGUCAUCCUCAAGAUGCCUUCGGGCCGCACCAAGGCCGCCGAGAUCGUGCCGGGCAAGCAGGUGAGCCUGGGCAAGUUUGGCAGCUUUCGCGCCGACGAUCUCAUCGGCAUGCCGUACGGCUUCACCUACGAGAUCCACGCCAACCCAUCUGCAGCAUCGACUGAAGCGGCAGAGCAGUCGAACGGGCAGAAGAAGGGAAAGGCAGGCGCCAAUGCAGCCCCCACUGGGUCGCUGAAGCUCGUGGUGAACCGCACGCUUGGCGAUCUGGAGACCGAGGCGAGCGAGACGGUCGAGACCAAGGCGACCAACGAGCAUAUCAACGACGACGGUUCUGCGCAAAAGUUAACGUACGUCGACAUCCAGGAGCUCAAGAAGCAGGGUCUUUCGGGCCGCGAGAUCAUCGAGCAACAGCUGGCAGGGUCGGAAUCGUUUGCCAACCGCACCGUCUACUCGCAGGCCAAGUAUGUGGCGCGCAAGGAGCAGAAGCAUCUCAAGCUCUUCACGCCGCUCCAGCCGGACUUUGGCAAUGUGUGCGACUUUUGGUUCGAAAAGUCCGCCGACAAGAUCCGCUACAUUCGGCGCGAUGCGCUCAGCCAGAUGCUCUCGUUCGGCAGCGUUCGUCCCGGUGGACGAUACCUUGUGGUCGACGGUGUUUCGGGUCUUCUUGUCGGCUCGGUGCUGGAGAGGAUCGGUGGAGAUGGGACGGUGGUGGCGAUCAAUGAUGCCGAGUCGCCACCGGCAUUCGACAUCUUGCCGUACUUCAACUUUGCACCCGAGGUGACGAGGAACGUGCUCAAGGUGGUGCAUUGGGCGGCGACGGAGCGCGACUAUGCGCCUGUGUUUUCGCAGCAGGAUGUGUCGAGCAACGCGAACGAGGGUGGUCGGGCAGGCAAGGCGGACAAGUCACGCGCACGCAAGCGCCAGGCCAACUUUCGCGAAGUCGACCGUGUACGCAGCGACUUCUUUGCGGGCGACUUUGACGCCGUGCUGAUCGCAUGCCACUACGAUCCGGUCAGCAUCCUCAACCGUCUCAAGCCACAUCUGGGCGGGUCGGCCAGCAUCGUGGUUCACAGCCCGUAUGUUCAGCCACUGGUCGAGGCGCAUGCUACGCUGCGGUCGGACGAGGAGUUUAUCAACAUCAGCGUGACCGAACCGUGGCUGCGCAAGUACCAGGUGCUGCCCGGUCGAACGCAUCCCGAGAUGACCACUAGCAGCACGGCUGGCUUCAUCCUGCACGCCAUCCGCGUCUUUGGCGAGGCACAGGCGGUCCAGAUGCGCGCGCAGUAUUUGGCCGCGCUCGAGUCGCAAAAGCACGCCGAUGCAGAGCACGAGCAGGUGACCGAGGGAGCAAAGCGUGCGCAGCCGCAAGACGAGGCUGCUGACCAAGAGCAGCCCGAAUCAAAGCGAGCCAAGGUCGACGAGGCGGCGCAGGCAGACGCGAGUAUGCAAGAUGCGCAGGAUGUACAGUAG